AUGAAUGUGAGAGGCGCUUUUGAUUGCAUCACUAUGCUGUGGCGCAGUGAUCUUCAGAAGGGCUCUUUUCAUCUUUCCCCGGAGUUCUUCCUUUUAUGCCUCGAGAUCGUAGCUGGGGACAUGUCGUUGGUAGACAGCACGGCAGCGUUCAAGCAGCGGUGCCAUGAUGUUGAUGGCAGCGCGCUGCAGACGGCAUUGGAAGCACAGGGCAUCACCAGCUUUGCGUCCCUGGCUUAUGCGUGCGGGACGCCGCAGGACCGUCCCACGCAAGCGGAGAUGGAUGCUUUUGCUACUCGCAUCCUUGGUGCCGCCCCGCGUCUUGGUGACGUCGCAUUGCUUAAGAGGCUCAUGAUGCUCAUGUUUGAGGCUUGCACGUACGUGAUCGCCCAACUACGGCAAUCUGUGCAAGGCGAGACCUCAGAGACCCCGCGGAAACUGCCUUUGGCAGAGAAGGCGGCACGAGCUGAGGACCAAAAGCGUAGGCUUGUUGGUGUCCACAUCGAGCGUGACAUGAUCCCAUCGCACGCCCUUGUGGACUUGUGCUGCCACAUGCUUGACGUGGGGGUUACAUGGAUCUCACCCGGGAAGUGCACUAGCCGCGAAAGUGAAAUACAGCUGUCAACCAAGGACCAGAGCCGGGUCUUCAGACUUGAGGAUAACUCACUUAAGGCAGACCGCGAGGCAUGGUUGAUCAUGGCGUCUGAGGUCAAGUCGCUUAAGGUCACCGCUGCCGGGGAGUUUCCUCUAACCUUGGUGCUUGAUGCACUGAGAACCGACCCUCGGAUCACCAUGUAUCUGAUGGCCACUUGGGGCCGGGCACCUGAUGUCAAGCCUGUUGAUGCUGAUCACCCGCCGCCCGUUCACAACAAGCCCGGUGAAGGCCUGUCUCGGUCUGCUAAGCGCCGACGCCGGCUUAAGGCUGCUGCUGCUUCGCGAACUACCACGCCCACCGGCAAGGCCCCCUCAGCAGCUCGCACCAUGCCUGCCGAGCUUAAGGAUGCUCACCAGAAGGCCGAGGCACUGGCGGAGGUUGAGCGCUUGGCUGCCGACUGCUUGCGUGCCGGUUUUGUGAGUUUCGAUUCGCUCAUGUCCAUGAGUGCUUUGCUUCCCGCCGUCAGGCGGUGUGGAUACUUGCUGCCGGUGCACCAGGGGCCACAGCUCCUUCCAUCGGAGCGUCUUCAUGCCACCUGUGACUGGCGUGGCACGAUCAUCGCCUUCAACUUUGCGAGGCUGGCUUUCGUCUACCCGGCCACGACUGUCAUGCUGCUGCAUCUCCUGCCUCUGUCGAGCACGACGGCGGCUACGCACCACCUCCGGUUGAUAGGACCUGCCCUGCUGCCCAUACGGUGGGCCCAAGCCCUGCGCCUCGGCCGCGGGUUGCUUAUCGCCUGCCGGUCCCUGUCGCCUUUGGUUUUGGAGGUCUUUGCGGGUACGGCGCGCCUCAGUUCUGCGUGUCAACGGCUUGGCUUUCGCACUUUGGCGGUCGACAAGGCCUCUGCGCAGAGUCGUUUUCCCAUACAGCAGCUUGACCGGAAUGACCACAUGAGGCAAGCUGAGCCGGAGCAACACUUCUUGGAACAGCUGCAUCACGAGGAGACGGUGCAAGUAUGCGGUCUCUUGCAAAGCGAUGACCCUUGCUCGACUAGUGCAGAGUUGAUCGUCGUGGGCAUCCCCCGUGAACCUCAGAACUUCGUCAAUGAGGCGGUCAAAGCGGGACACCCUCGGAACGGGCUUGCUUCCAGUCGGUCUGGGCCGGCUGCUGACAUUGUGGAUGCUGUGCUCUUGUCCUUUGAAGACAGGGAGAAGAGGGCUGAGGCCACAAGGCAGCGAUGGAGCAACAUAGAGGCGACUACGAGAUCUCUGAAUGACAAGAUACUGAAGGGCAAGCCCAAGUACUUGACCGAGGCUCUUGGCAACAAAAAUGUCCUUGCCUGGAGAGACAUCCUUCGACACAACGGCUUCAAGGACGAUCAGCUUUGGGCGGAUCUGAGAGAUGGAUUUCGCCUCACCGGAUGGAUGAGGGACACUGGAAUCUUUGACAAAAAGUUGCGACCUCCCGAGACCACCCUUGAAAGGCUGCUUGAACAAUCCAGCUACCGUACUCCUCUUACCUUGAACAAGUUGAGGAAAACGGUGGUGGAUGAUACCACUCGCAAGGCGUGGGCGGAGACGCUUGAGGAGGAGAAGAAGGGAUGGAUCUUCCGAGACGCGAUGGCGACUGAUAAACCGAUGGUCAUCGCCCAUCGGUUUGGCCUGGAACAGAAGGGCAAAGUCAGGGUCAUCGACAACGGCAAGGAAU